AAAUACGGUCUCCAUUCUUAUCUCUCUCAACCUUCACAUUCAGUUUUCUAUUUUGCUUCUUUCACCAUUUCUGAGAAAAAAAAAUGAAGGGGUUAAUACAGUGGUAUUUGGUCCUUUGUUUCCUCCUCUUGUCCUUGAACUUUAAAGUUGAUUGCUCAUUAUCUAAUUUCUCUUCCAAUUCUUCGAUGGAAGUUUUCUUAAUCUCAAAAAACAAGUUGGUUGGAGAAAUUCCUUAUUCCAUAUGUAAUUUGAUAUCAAUUUCAGUUCUUGACUUGUCCAAUAACGAGUUGAGCGGAGCUAUUCCAGAUUGUCUGGCCUCGAGAGGAAACAAAUUACAGAUACUUAACCUCAACAACAAUGAUUUUGAUGGGCCGUUUCCUAAAUCCUUGGAGAACUGUCAUGAUUUGCAAGUGUUAAAUCUUGGAAACAACAAGAUAAACGGUACCUUUCCCCACUGGUUGGGAACUCUUCCUCAGCUGCAAGUUCUUGUCUUGCGCUCCAACUAUUUCCAUGGUCAAAUAAGCCCUUCAGAAAAUGAAUCGCACUUCUCAGCUCUGCGAAUCUUAGACCUCUCCCACAAUGAGUUCUCUGGGCUUUUGCCAACAACAUAUUUUAAAAGUUUCAGGGGUAUGAUGACUUUGUCCAAUGUUCAACGGACUUCUAUGGAAGAUUUGAAUCGUUAUUACCAUUUUUCCGUGCUUGUCACAAUGAAAGGUAUGGACCUGGUACUUGAGAGAAUUCUAACUCUUUUUACAACCAUUGAUAUGUCAAGCAACAAAUUCCAUGGAGAAAUUCCAGAAAUAGUUGGAAACCUCAUUUCUCUCCAAGUGCUCAAUUUUUCCCAUAACAGCCUAACAGGUCAUAUUCCUUCCUCAGUGGGGAAGCUAACAGCACUUGAGUCACUGGAUCUCUCUACCAACAAGCUCGUCGGGGAGAUUCCUAUGCAGUUAAAUGGUUUGAAAUUUCUUGAAGUGUUAAACCUGUCACAGAACCAGCUUGUUGGACUCAUACCUCAGGGAAAUCAAUUUAAUACCUUUCUGAAUGAUUCCUAUGGUGGCAACUUGGGAUUGUGCGGAUUUCCAGUGUCAAAGAGGUGUGGCAAGGAUGAGGAACAAGAACCACCGGAAUCUGCUCUUCAUGAGGAAGGAAUUUUUCCUUGUCCAUUGGAUUGGAAAUUUGUAAUGAUGGGUUAUGGAUGUGGACUGGUGCUUGGAUUAUCUACAGGAUAUAUCAUGCUGACAAUUGGAAAACCAGAAUGGCUUGUUAGGAUGGUUCAAGGACUAGGCUACAAAAUUCUGAGGAGAUUGAAGAGUUAUCAUUGAGGAAGAAGAAACUCUGCGAAGACAGAUGCUGCUCUUCGGUGGUUUGUUGAUUACAUUUGCGUAUUAUACUGUCUUUGGUUCUCCUGUAUGCCUUAUAAUGUCCUAUAAAAUCCAAUCUCUUGUUGCCCUGGAUAACAUAUUGAUUUUAUCAAAUUGAUAUUCAGUAUUAUGGUGAAGAUGAAAGAGAAUCUCCAUGUUAGUCUCUUUCAAAGAGUAUUAGCGCCAACGACCUGUCCAAUUCUUGUCUGCUCCAUUCUCAAUAGUUAGCAUUCACUACUACGCUGUUUAGGAGAACAUAUCAGAGUCAUGUUGUAAGUCCUUGGUCUGAGUCCCGCCUUCAGCGGAGUGGUGGAAAAGUGGCAGGCAAAAGUCUCGGUCUUACGAGCUUUAAAGACCCCGGCCCCAAAGAGUACGCCAUAAUUUUCUUCACGCAAAACACCGCUUGCUACGGAAGCAAAGUAAUUGGACUCUACAGAUGCUGUCUAAUGUGCUUGUGAGAAAUAAUACUCUUGAAAUCCUGAUUAUGUUUUUGGUCAGUUGAAUGAGUGGAUCACAAUAGUCAAAUUUAAUUGCAAAUUUGAUUCACUUCAAAUUGUAAGACAUCAAAGAUCACUUGAA